AUGCUGCUGCAGGAGCUCGAGCACCAGCAGCAGCGCACUUAUGUCCAAACACAAAGCGCUGCCACUCCAGCCAAGCAGUGUUCACACGUGACAUUGCCGCCGUCACCGCGUUCAAGUGGAACGGCACUUACCACCAACACUGCAGCGUCCGCUUUUAGACGUCGACCAAAUCUGCGUACCUUCUCGUCCUUCGUCUACGUGUGCGCGGCGUCAAUAACGGAUCCGCCGGGAUUUGUAUUGGCUGUUCUUUUGCUGCUGAUACUGCUAGCUACAGCUUGCAAUCCGCAGCCAGCAACGGCGCCACCCGCAGCGUCUGCCAUGGUCAUGUUCGACGCGAUGGAUCGUGUCUGCAACGGACUAUCGCUCAUGAUCCAGCGGAUCUCGAUGCACAUGGACCAGAUGGACCAGGUGUCGCCCUGGAUCCGCUUCGUAUCGUAUCUCCUCUAG